AUGGCUGGAGAUAUAAUCUAUGCUGAUAUCAAACAUUCAUCUUCAGAACAUUCAUCUUCACGUCAGAGAUCUGAUUCUCACCACCAUGGAGUUUUCCUGAAAGUUGGUUGUGCAAUGAUUAUCAUCCUUCUUGUAAUAGUAAUUGUGCUGAGCAUUUUUGUUAUCCAGUUCAAAUCUGCAAGACAUACUAAAGUAAAUAAUGAAUCAAAAGAGAAAUACUGUACUGGGCAAAAUAAAUCUGAAACAAGCACCUCAAUAGUUUCUUUUAAUUCUUCUACUGCUAGUAAAUCAUGCCCCUCUGAAGACUGGAAGCUACAUGGGGGGAAAUGUUACUGGGUUGUGGAAAGUGAUAAAUCUUGGGAUGAAAGUGAAAAUGACUGUGUCAUGAAAAAUUCACAUCUCAUGGUGAUCCGAGACUUCAUUGAUAUGAGUUUCCUAUGGCAGAACCUACAGGCUUCAACCUCUUAUUGGGUUGGUUUGAGGAUCCCUCCUGGAGAGGAAUUAUGGACCUGGGUGGACAAUAGCCCUUUUGACCCCCAGCUGUUUUCAAAGAAAGAAAAUAAGCCACGGACCAGGAGUAUGAAAUGUGCCCUGGUGUCUUAUACUGAGAUAGUUCAAGAACGUUGUGAGAAACAACAUCAGUGGAUUUGUCAACUGUAA